UCUGUCCAUCGUCUCUGCUGCCGCCUUCAACCACAAGCCACUAGUGAUGGAUGGGGCGUGUGUUAGCAGCUCACAGUUCUUCGAGGUUACGUAUACUUAGUGAUGCGCACCCACCGAAAUAAGCGAUAAGUACUGCAACAGACGUUAAAGGAGAAAACUAUUGUAACGUUUUAAAAAUGCAUUGAGUGUAGCACACGUUGCUCUUGGUUGUUUUUUCGCAUACUUUCAGCACGCAGCGGGCUGCUCUUCUCUCUUUGCUUGGGACACCGUUGCUGCUUUGCGGUUUUGGGGUCACUUUGUGGCCCCUCCCUGCACCUAGAACGGCACUCCUGUCUGUCUCAGUCUCUUAAAUGUCUACUGAUAAUUCAGGGCCAUAACUGCUUGACCCAAUCAUGUUUAUUUUAUAAAGAUGGCGAUGUGGGAAACCCUGUAAACUAAAUGACUGUCAGAAAUAUCGCCUCCAUUUGUAAUAUGGGCAGUAAUGCCUCUGCUCUUGUAAAAGACAUUGGUCCUGAGCAGUUUCCAAUCAAUGAACAUUACUUUGGAUUGGUUAAUUUCGGUAACACUUGUUACUGUAACUCGGUACUGCAGGCCCUGUACUUCUGCAAACCAUUUCGGGAAAAUGUGCUCUCAUACAAGACUCAACAGAAGAAGAAAGAAAACUUGCUUACUUGUCUUGCUGACCUAUUUCAUAGUAUUACCACACAGAAGAAGAAAGUUGGGGUGAUUCCACCAAAGAAAUUUAUUUCUAGGUUACGAAAAGAAAAUGAUCUCUUUGAUAAUUACAUGCAGCAGGAUGCACACGAAUUUCUUAACUAUUUGCUAAACACUGUGGCUGACAUUCUUCAGGAAGAGAAAAAACAAGAGAAGCACCAUGGGAAACUAAAGAGUGGUGUCAGUAGUAACAAAGCAGAAGAGAAAAAGACCGAACCCACCUGGGUACACGACAUAUUUCAGGGAACACUGACAAAUGAGACUCGCUGUCUAAAUUGUGAGACUGUCAGCAGUAAAGAUGAAGAUUUCCUUGAUCUUUCUGUGGACGUUGAACAGAACACUUCAAUUACACAUUGUCUGAGGGAUUUUAGCAACACAGAAACACUGUGCAGUGAAUAUAAGUACUACUGUGAAACCUGCUGUAGUAAACAGGAAGCACAAAAACGGAUGCGAGUGAAAAAGUUGCCAAUGAUCCUAGCUCUACAUCUCAAGAGAUUUAAGUACAUGGAGCAGCUUCAUAGAUACACUAAACUUUCUUAUCGAGUAGUGUUUCCACUGGAGCUACGCCUUUUCAACACAUCAAGUGAUGCUAUCAACUUAGACCGCAUGUAUGACCUGGUAGCUGUUGUUGUCCAUUGUGGCAGUGGUCCAAACCGGGGGCAUUACAUCACUAUUGUGAAAAGCCAUGGUUUCUGGCUCUUGUUUGAUGAUGAUAUUGUAGAGAAAAUUGAUCCCCAGGCUCUUGAAGAAUUCUAUGGCCUAACUUCUGAUAUUUCAAAAAACUCUGAAUCUGGAUACAUUUUAUUCUAUCAGUCAAGAGAAUAAGUUUACAAAAUCAAUUUUCUUGCCAUUUUCUAUUUUGUGAAAAAACAAACAACUGCAAAUAACGGGAAGACACAUUCUUCACUGAUGUACAGUUCUAAAAUGUUGAACACUUUUAAAACAUACACAUUGGCAUUGCCUGAAAAUAUAGCCAUAAUUUUAGGAAUUGCAAGAUUAAAACUACAAUGUAUAUGUAUAUUUUUUCAGUGAAUUAUUAAUAAAUGCUGCCAGGGUUUGUGUGAGUCGCAUCUAAUCCUAUAAGCAAUGCCCCAAAUGGAAAACUAUGCCUCUUUGAACUUUGCUGCGGUUUUAAAUUUCAUUGGAACUCUUAGAGAAUGAAAAGCAAGUGGAAUGCGGUGUGAACAUAAGCAAAUAAACAAAGAGUUUCCAAAGCAAUAAUGGCUCUGCUAGAAACAGGGUACCAAUUUUAGCUUUCAUAUUUUUAUGGCAACCAUCAUUUACAUUCAAUGCAUUUUUUUUCUUAGCUGUUUAUGGAUAUGUGUUCACCUCAUGAGUAUUAAGCAUAAUUUCAUAAUCUGAAAUAAUAACUUGUGAAUUUUAGUCUGGGGUAUGUGCAGUUACAACAACACAGCAGAGAAAAGGAUGUAGUGUGUAUAACAUAUUUAGAGUAUCGUUGACUGUUAUUCCUGGCUUCUUGUAGCCUGUGCUGGUUAUUCCAGCAUGUGAACCACUGCUAUGUUUAGUUUAUCAUCUUACUUGCCAGUUAAUUCUGACAAACUGUAUGAGGAAAGUCAAGAGAUCUUCACAAUGUUUGUGUUCAUAAGGUGUAAUUAGACAUACACUAAGUGUAGAAUAAACACUACCCUGACAUUCAAACACUAAAGUUUUUAACAACUAGUACAUUUAUACUAAUUUUUUAUGUUAAAAUUAUUUUUAUUUACACUAAUAAAGCCUACUACCUAAGAUAUUGCAUCAAGAAAAUGUCUUUAUAUAAAAGAGUAAGAAAGUUAACAUGUUUGUAGGAAAUGAUUCAAAGACUUGUUAUAAAUAUCUGCACUGUAUAUGGUACACUUCCAGUGCAUCAUGGUAAAAUAUAAAUGUUGUCUUUGAACUGGGAAUUCAAAAUGAAGUUUAAAUAGAAUAUGGUCAGUAGGCCAGGGCUGCAGAUACGAAGUUGAUGUAAAUAUUAAUAUGAAGCAAACUAUUCAGCUGAAGUUAUACGAUUAUGCACAGUUGAGGGUGAUCAGUCUGUUUUCAUUAAUCAAACUUUUAGCCUAUUUUCAGGUCUUCAGGUACAUUUUCAUUGAGUUGGAUUCAUGUUGUAUGUUACUACAUUAAAUGUUAUCAAAGAUGUUCAAAAUGUUUAGAAAAAAUAAGUUUACACUGUAACCUCAUCUGCCUCCACCUCUGUAUGAGCCUGGUGGCACUGCGUGAGCACUGAAUUGUUUUGCCCUUCCACUGCAAAAAAACAAAAUGAGGACAAAGUAAUUUUAAAAAAGGGUCAAAAACCUUCUCUAACUAAACUGUUAUCUGAUACAGUGUACUGUUAUCUGGAUUACACUGGAUGAAAGGUUGAUAUCCCUGUGCCCUUCAAACACCAUGAGAAGUCCUCAUCCAUUUACUUCUCUCCAACUGAUAAGAAAAACAAGAUAACAAAAUUAAUAUCCGUAUUUCGUGAAAACAGUAUAUAGGGAUAACAUUUGGAAGUGAGAAAUUAAUUUUUAUAAAACAUCAAAUUUAAAAAAUAACGAACCAGAUGCCUCUAUAUUUAAAUGAUCAGUUUGUUCAUGCCUAUCUUUGUGGAGCCUGCACGUUCUUUGGUGGUCUGUGUGGGUUCUACUUGCAUCUCCAGAUACCCAUAAAUUAAGGCAAUUGGCAAUUCAGAGUCUGGCUAUGUGUAUACAAGUGGCAGUGGCUUCUUUUCCAGGGCUGGUUUCUCUUGGGAUAGGCUCAACCCAGAAUUAGUUAGGAGAUAUAUUAGAUAUAUUCUUAUACAUGUUUUUCCCCACAAGGAAAGAAGGAAGGUAGGAAGCUUGCAGGGUGGUAUGUGAUUUUAAAAGAGGAUUCCUCUGUGAGAUGAAGCCUGCUGAACUGGUGCUGUACUACUCUAUCAUAAGGAAUAUUUUGCCCUGUGUCACUACCGUUUACAAGCCUGUCUCAAUCAAAUGUUAUCUGUAGCACUUAAUCCUUAUUGUAUUUUGUAAAGAAAGAGUUAUUAUAACAGUUUUAAAUAUUAAUGGGAACACGUGUGCAUCCUAUAGUAAUUACUUAUGCCAAACAGUUUCCAAGUUGUAUAUAUUGAACUGCUGACCUGCAAUACUAAUUUUGGAAAUCAACUUCAAAUUAUGUGUUACACUCACUAUUAACUUGCAAGGUCAGGACCAGCAAAUUUACAGGGCACAACUGUUCAAACCAGGAGAAAAUGUUCCCCUCGCUGCCCUUGGGUUCUAACUUGCUGUCAGACUUAGUACAUUCUCCCAGAGUAUGUACAGCAUUUUCUUCAAGUAUUCAGGCCAUUUUAUUCCUGUAUCAGUUUAGGAUGAAUGGCAGCACUAAACUGGUACAUUGUAAGUUGCUGUGGGCAUUUGUGUGAUGGACCGGUGCAUGGACAAGCCCUUCCAUUUGUGAUCCUAAAUAUUGGAUUAAGCAAGGCAGAAAGUGGAUGAAUGAAUUUGCACAUUUUGCUCUAUUCUGUAUUUUUAUUGAAGGAUUAAAUACUUUGUCAUUUCUGA